AUGACUUCAGCCGCCGAGCCCGUGCUGCUUCCCAGUCUCGCAUCAUAUACAAUGCGACAAAACAGAGGAUGGGCUGGCGAGUUUCCGCCAAAGAGGUGGACGCCCAAUAUGGUGCAAUCCCUUGCCCGAGUAAUUCGACAUGUUGCACGAGGCGCGAAUGACCUUGGCGACAAGCAUACCUUGGAGGACGUAAAGGUCUUCAUCAUCGACCGAGUCAAUCUACGAGCGAGGAAUGCGCCGUUCAGGCCUAGCGACAUCACCGAUGCUAUGUCGCAUUUUGGCGUCACGAGAAACAAGUCUGAAACGGUCCCGGAUGAGAAGAAAGUCGAGUCUCGCAGGAUAAGCCGAGUUGGCGAGGAGGAUGAAGAAGACAAGAAAGCCGUGGACGACUCUAUUUCCGACACGAAACAGCACAUCCGCGCUGCCGGUACGAACGAUGAGCACCACAAAGACGAUGAUGGCCGAACCAGCACCCUCUCCAAAGCCACUGCGUCGCCUGUUCCCAUGUCCAACAGUAACGAAAAGAUUGCCAAAGAAACAAAUUCGAGCCAACCCAAGGAAACAAACACUGAUAAUGACGCUCCUCGAUCUCCAUCUACCUCAUCAACUAAGCGCAAUCGCACGGAGGAUGUAUCGCCGGGCCCAGAUACUACGGCGCUUGACAGACCUGCAAAAAGACCCUGCUUGAGCACCAGCAAGCCAACAGCUAACAAUGAUUCUUCCACUCCUCUUCCCAAAGACACUGCCACAACCGUGACCAAAGAGCAAGACAUGGCGACGUUUCGAGCUGUGGUCAACAGAAGACGCGCCGAGUCCAGCCAUAAGCACACGACCCUAGAGCAUGAAUUCGCUACAUUUGAGGAAGAUGUUGAACGUCGGAUAGAUGAGGCGGAACAAGGAAGUAUUGCUGUACCAUCUGCCAGCACUCUUACAUCUUGCAAGAUGGCCCGGAGCAACUUGGCGGGUAAUCUCCAGAGGCUGCAUCAAACCGUCCAAUACCGAAACAACAACGAUCUCUUGGCAACAAUUGACUUUGAAACACGCACAAUGAUUGCCAAGGACCACGAGCGAAGGUUAUGCGAGAUGCAAAAACAACUUGACAAGGCCGAGGCGGAAGUUCGCCAGGCUAAGCGGAAAGUCAAGGCCGAACGGGAGGAAGCCGAACGACUCGUCUGGAAAGAUGUGGAAAAGGGGCACGAGAUGGAGGCCGAAAUGGAACGAGCUUGCACCGAGCGCGAUCGUUGGCGUUGCAUCGAACAUAUCGCGGCCAUGAAUGAUGACGACCUGCAUAAGGCUAUGAGGGUCUUGGAGAAGGAAGGGCUGGGGCUUACGGAGGAUCCUGAGUAG